GCCAAUCAGGAGCUUGGCGUAUUUUACAAACUGGGGAAGUAUCUGCAGCAGAAGCCGAGAGAGUCCGGGGAAAAAGCGAAGAAAGUGGGGGCGACCCUGAGGAGUUCCUGGGGAGUUGUAGUCGUCAUGACUACCCUCCAAGCCACGAAGGAUCCUCUACUCCGGGGUGUAUCUCCCACCCCCAGCAAGAUUCCCGUUCGCUCUCAGAGACGCCCACCUCUCCCCACAGUCAAACCCAGCGCCCUGGACCAGGAGAACCAAGAUCCAAGGAGAUUGGUGCAGAAGCUCAGUAGUCAACGUCCCCUCGUUGACUCAGCAGGCCCCAGGCUGAAAGCCACACGUCAAACAGAGCAAUCGGAGAGAUUGGUGGGGAGUACUCAGCUUCGGAACCCCUUGGAGGAGCUCAGGCCUAGCCCUGGGAGACAAAAUGUGGGACCUAGGCCCCCUCUCCAGAAAGAGGCUCCAGGGACCAUAGAGUUUGUGGCUGACCCUGCAGCCCUGGCCACCAUCCUGUCUGGUGAGGGGGUGAAGAGCUGUCGCCUGGGGCGCCAGCCCAGUCUGGCUCAGAGAGUACUGGUUCGAGGGAACCAGGGAGGCACCAUCCGGAGGGGCCAGGAUGCCCGGGCCUCUGCAUAUUUGGCCCCCAGAACCCCCACCCACCGACUGGACCCUGCCAGGGCUUCCUGCUUCUCAAGGCUGGAGGGACCAGGACCUCGAGGCCGGACCUUGUGUCCCCAGAGGCUAGAGGCUCUGAUUCCACCUUCAGGACCUUCCUCUCACCCCUCCGCUCCUCCCCGAAUCCAGGAGCUAAGAAGAGAGACAGGUGGCAACAGCAAGACUUCAGUGAGCCAGGCCUCAGGAUUGCUUCUGGAGACCCUUGUCCAGCCUGCUUCCUCUCUCCCUGAAGGAGAAUAUGAAGUUGUCACUCACUCAGAUGAAAGAGGAGGGGGCCCCCUCGGUCUGGCUCAGCGAGUACCAUUAAAAGAAACCCGAGAGAUAACACACACCAAGGACGGCCGUGACUCCUGCCUGAUGCGCUCCCCUGGCCAAGUGAUGCCACCUGCCAUCACCCGGCCAUCACCCUUUGGACGGGCUCAACGUGUACCUUCCCCUGGCCCCUCAGCUCCAACCUCAUAUUCAGUGUUGCGGCGUCUCGCCAUCCGCCCCAAAACCCAGUUCACACCCCUCUCAUCGGCCCCCAGAGUUCAGCAGGCCCAAUGGUUGAGUGGCCUCUCCCCUCAGCCUUGCCCUGAAGAGCCUGCCCUUCCCUGGGAGCAGAUUGCAGUCCGGUUAUUUGACCAGGAGAGUUGUAUAAGGUUGCAGGAGGGUCCUGGGAAGCCACCCGUGUCAACUCCUUAUGGACCCCACUGCAGUAGAACCCCCAACCUCCAGGAAAUGAAGAUGCAGCGCAUCAGUAUCCUGCAACAGCUUUUGCGACAGGAGGUAGAGGGGCUGGCGGAGGGCAAGUGUGCCCCCCUUAAUGGAGGCUCCUCUCUGGAUAUGGUUGAACUUCAGCCCCUGCUGGCUGAGAUUUCUAGAACUCUGAAUGUCCCAGAGAAUAAAUCUGGGGCUUUUCAUCUUUCUGGAAUGUUACAGCACUCUGGGCUGCCAAAACCCUACCUUCCAGAGGGGUGUGGGGAACCAGAGCCCUGCCCUGGAGCAGAGCCCGAGGUAUCUCUGCCCUGCCCUCCAGCAGAACCAGGGCCCCCAGAGUCCUACCAUAGGAGGGGGCCUGAAAUAUCAGAGCUCUCCACCCAGGAACAGCCUGAGGCAUCAGAGCCCUGCCCUCUGGGAGAGCCUGGACCCCUUCAGGCCUGCCCCCAGGGGCAGACAGGACUCCCAGAGCCCUCCCCUAGGGUAGAGCCUGGGGUAUCAGAGGCCUGCUCCCUGGAACCCAGAAGUCCAGAGUCCAGCCCAUGGCCCUGCUGCAGUCAGUGGGCUCCAGCGACCACCAGCCUGACCUUCUCCUCCCAACGCCCACUUUGUGCCAGCCCCCCUAUCCACUCACUCCAGUCUCUGAAGCCCCCAACAGGCCAGGCAGGUAAGGAGUUGGUUGGAAGGGGUUGUGAACAAAGGAGGUCCUCAUCUCUCGCUGGGAGCAGGGCCUGCCCUGCACCAGGUGAUCCUACGCUUUCUUUCCCCUACCUACCUUGCCCCAGUCUGGCUCUCCCGCAGGAAGAAGUGGGGGGCUGCGCCUUCAGCCCUGUGCUCCUAAUUGGCUUGGCCCUUGGUCGGGGAGUGGGAAAGGGCAGUAUAUGGUGGGAGUCUAGGACUCCAGAGUCAGCCCUGAUCUCUGUGGCCUUUGGCCCUCAGGCCCCAGCAAUCUGGCCCCUCGAACCCUGGCCCUGAGGCAGCGCCUCAAAGCAUGUCUGACCGCCAUCCACCACUUCCACGAGGUCCGCCUGGACGACGAGUGUGCCUUCUACACCAGCCGAGCCCCUCCCUCAGGCCUCACCCGGGUCUGCACCAACCCUGUGGCCACAUUGCUCGA